CCUCUGCUUGGGAGGAGGCUGGUGGUUGUAAACACGCUCUUCUCCGUGCUGCGCAUGGCGGGACUUGGCAAGAGCACGUUUACUCGUGCUGCGUGGGGAAGGCGGUCAGCGCCGCACGCUGUUUACUUCAGCCUCCCUUCGAACAGCCAAUAGUAAUGGUCUGUCUUUCUUUAAGAUACGGUGCCGCUUGGACUUUCUUUUGCUUGAAAGAAACUCUUUCAAGUAAAUUACUCUCUUAAAUGGCUUUGAUCUCUAGUCCUUUGCAAAGCUAUUUCAUCGAAAAGAGGCUGUGUUAAGAGACUGUUGUGACUGUUCCAGGCAAGUGGCACUGAAGUAUGUGUGUGUAUUUGUUUUACAAGUAGAAAUGAAGAGGUGUUACCGGAGAGGCAAAGGAAAGCGUGGACGGCGUGCAGCUAUUGCUCCCGAUCACAAUAACCGUACUGUGAGGCUGGAACAGGAAGAACCACAGACCCCAGUGCAUGCAGGCCCCAGCAGCAGCGGGGAUCCUUCUUCAUCCAGUUUAACCCAGAACUCUGUAGUAGCAGAACUGCCAGGAUUUUACUAUGACGCAGACAAGAACCGCUAUUUUCGCCUGCUGCCUGGGCAUAAUAACUACAACCCACUCACCAAGGAGAGCAUUCAGUACAAGGCCAUGGAAUGCAAAAGGCUGAAGCUUUUAGAAGAGGAAGAAAAACAAAAGAAGCAAACAACAAGGGCUGGACUGAAUUCAUCUAUGCUGUUGCAGAAAAGGCAGUUGGGUUUGCUCAGCUCCACAAGUUAUUGCAGGCUGGUUCAUGAGCUGAAAGUAAACUGCAUGCACAGGAGGAAGAUAGAAAUUCACAGUCCAGAUUCUUCAGUUGCUGGAACCAACAAUUUUAAAAUAAUUGUGGCGGAUGUUGCUUGUGAACGGAUAUUCACUGUGAAUGAUGUAGAGCAUGGAGGAUGUAAAUACGGUAUCAUCAACCUCAGUGGUUUGGGGAAGGAGUCUCCCACUGUGGAGAUGUAUGACAACCUCUACUUCACAAAUCGCAAAGUGAAUUCUAUGUGCUGGGCAUCACUGACUCAUCCAGAUUCUCAUGUUUUGCUGUGUCUCAUGGGAAUUGCAGAAACACCAGGCUGUGCCAGUCUGCUUCCAGCAUCGUUGUUCAGCAGCGAUAACUCAGGAGAUCGACCUGGUAUGCUGUGCAGCUUCAAGAUAUCGACUGCCUGGUCCUGUGCUUGGUGCCUGAAUCCUCAAAUAAAUGCCUGCUUCAGCACAGGCCUGACACGACGAGUUCUUGUGGCCAAUGUAGUGACAGGGCGUCAACAGUCAUUUAGAACCAGUAGUGAUGUACUGGCACAACAGUUUGCCACACAGACACCAGUGCUGUACAAUGGCUGCCGCUCCGGGGAGAUAUUCAGCAUCGAUGUGCGUCAGCGCAACCGAAAGGGCCAGAGCUGGAAGGCGAUUCAGCUCUUCCAUGACUCAGCAGUCACAUCCAUUCGCCUUCUGAAGGCUGAAGAUUACCUUAUGGCAGCAGAUAUGGCUGGCAAGAUAAAACUGUGGGACCUAAGAACAGCAAAGUGUGUGAAGCAGUACAAGGGCCAUCACAAUGAAUAUGCUAUUCUCCCUCUGCAUGUAAAUGAGGAGGAAGGACUUCUAACAGCAGUUGGUCAGGAUUGCUACACCAGAAUCUGGAGUCUCCAGGAUGCCCAUCUGCUUAGAACCAUCCCUUCUCCCCACCCAUCCUCCAAAGAUGCUAUUCCCAGCGUGGUGUUUUCUUCAAGACUUGGGGGUCGCCGAGGAGUUCCUGGCUUACUCAUGGCUGUCAAACAGGAUCUCUACCACUUCUCCUAUGACUGAUACAAUAUUCUCUUCACACCUCGUCUACAAAGCUGCCAGCCUAUACAUGACUUCACAAUUUCUGCACCUUCUUCAGCAGGUUCAGCAAAUCUUGCUGUAUGUAUAUUGUAAAUAAAAGCUGAAUGCUGAUUAA